CACAAGAUCCAGCAUGGCAUCCAACAGCACAGCGACCGACUCUGCGGAAUCGAGAAAGGAGACAAACACGGCCAUAGCCAUUGUCCUCCCCUCCAUCUUCGCCAUCGUCUUAUUCAUGAUACUGGCAGUAACCUAUCUCCUCCCCAGAAUGUCGGCCAGAGAAACCCAGACCGCAAAGGAAGAACGCAAGAAGAAGCGCAUGGACAGACUGGACGAGAGCAUCAAGGCGCAAUCCUACGCCGAGUGGACGAAGAGGCGCAAACCAGAUGAUGGCGCGGCCACGUUACAUCCGGUGUGUGUUAUAUGCCUGGAGGAAGUGGAUGAAAGCGCUCGGAUACGGCCGCUGCGCUGUCUGCAUGUUUUCCACCAGGCCUGCUUGGACGAUUGGUUCGCGAGGUGGAAUGAGUACUGUCCGCUCUGCCAUGCUCCGAUCUUGUCGGGGGUAAGGGAGGUGAAGAGAAAGUAUCCGGAGCCGCCGCCGCCUGUGGCGUUUAUGGUGUGAGUGAUAGGGGAGGGAGCUAGUGACCGAGGGUGGGUUAUCUUGCUGGCGGAGGCUAAUGAGUAUGAUAUGGGUACGAGGGAAGAGGUGGCAUGGAAGCGAAGAAGGCUUUCCAAGAGGUCGUGCCCAGGCGGAGGGAAGGGUGUUGUCACGUGAUUACGCGUAGGCUCGAAGGUCUUCCUCCCCAAGAUUGAACGCAUUGGCUCCGCAAUCGUGGGGAUAUGGGAAUCCUGGAUUCGGAUGGGAUUCGUACAAGCUGCUAACCCGGUUUUGGUCUAGGAGGAGGGUUCGAGAUGGGUGGGUCUCGAGGCUUUUUGAGCGUUGGGCAAUGACGCGGAUGGGGAUGCGUGGCAUGUAUAGUCAUUAGAUACUGGAAUGAGUGCUGCACGGUGGAUAGCUGAUUCCAAUUCAUGAUACCCCC